AUGGCGCGGAAGCUCAGCGGAAGUUCAGCUGAAGCCGCGGAAGCGGCGCGGAAGAAUGUCGGAGACUGGGCCUUCUUCGAGUACGUUCUCUCCAAGACAGCCUUUGGUGAGCUCAAGCAGCACAAUGAGCUCGCAAAAGCAUCUGCGGCGUCCUCCUACAAGUGCAGGGAGGUUCUAGCGCCGCUGAUGCUGUGGCUUCGGCCAGCGCUUUUUGGCGUCGUGGUUGCUGGUGGCGAGGCCGGGCUAGUACGUGAUCAGCUGGAGAUCCUUGUUGUGCACAUGUUGAUGGCAGAGAGGGGACAUGUUGCUGAGAAGCAUAUCAGGACUUGGAGUCACUACCGAGCACCCAACCAUGUGAAGCUGAGCGUGAUGGAUGCUUGGCCUGCACUCCAUACAGAUGGGCACGAUGCGGGACAUCAAGGAGUGCUGGAUGUCUCAGAUCUUUGUCCCGACAAAGGAAUCCAAUGCGACCAUCGUCGCAUGGGCCUGAGAGUUGAGGUCGACAGAGAGGCCCGGCAGCUCCAUGAGUCUUCUGUGGAGGUGCAAGAGCACCAUCCCACAGACCUCAUGUGGAUGACAAUGAUUCCUUGUGCCGUGGUUGGUGUUGCCGUGGCGGCCGCUGCCACGACCUUGAUGAUGCAGCACUUUGCUCCAUCAGAAGCGGUCAAGCCCAUGGCCCUCGACAAAGAAAGCGAGGAGUCAGAGGCUGACAAACAAGAAGGAGGUAUGAGCGAGGUCCAGCUGCUCUUCAACAUCGUCAAAAACAUCGUCGGUGAGGGCAUGCUCAGCCUUCCAGCGGGCAUCGCGGGCGGCACAGGUUUGCUUGCCGGCAGCCUCAUUGCUGCCGCGUUCAGCGUGCUGAUGGGAUACACUUUCUCCAUCAUGGGCCGCACUUGCUACGCAACAGGCGAGACAAGCCACAAGGACUGCGCAGCGAAAGUUUCGGGCCCGCGCCUGGCUCAAACCAUGGCAGUGGUGCUCUUCAUCAAGACCUCCUUCACGUGCCUAGCGUUUGCCAUCGUCAUCAGCGAGUCCUUUGCGCGGACGUUGCGGUACUUCGGCCUCCAGGGCGUGCUGGCAACGUCACAGGCAGCCAUGCUAGUGAUCGGCUUUCUUGUACUCCUACCUCUUUGCCUUCAGAAAGAGCUCCGUGUGUUGUCAUACACAUCGAUGAUCGGCUGCCUGGGACAGGUUUGGGUCGUUCUAGUGAUGCACAUUCGAUAUGUGGAUGGUUCCUACAGACCGGGUGGCCACUUCUACGACCUGGUUGCUGCGAAGGACAAGCCGGACUUCAGCGACGGCGUGAAUUACUGGCAAAGCAGUGCAGCAACCUUUGUACUCAUUGGCUCCUUGGCCACUGCUUACAUCGCGCACUACAAUGCACCGAAGUAUUACUCGCAGCUCAAGGAUGCAACGCCACAGAAGUUCACCAAGGUGGUCGCAGGAGCGUUUGGCUUCUCCCUUCUCGUGUACUUCUGGAUCAUGGCCGUUGGGUACCUGACCUUCGGCCGAGCCGCGGAGGGGCUGAUCCUCAACAACUACUCUGAGCAGGAUGGCCUCGUGACAGCUGCCCGGAUGGCCAUCAGUUUAGCGGUGAUCUUCGCCUUCCCGCUGGGCUUCACCGGAUUCCGGGACUCCAUGAUGUCCGUUUUCAACAUCCCACAGGAGCGGUUCCUUCCUGUGACGCUCGUGCUCUUGUCCUCGAUCGUUAUUGCGGCCUGCUUCUUGCAAGAUCUUGGCCUGGUUAACAGCCUGGGGGGCGCUAUCUUUGGAGCUCUGAUAACGCUGGUCUUCCCCGGCCUCCUCUUGUUUUACGCUGGCCACACGCCGGGUGUGACAGAGUUCGGAGAGCUGGAGACGCGCGUGGGCUCCUUCUGCAUCCUCGUGCUUGGCUUCACACUCCUUGUGUUCGGAUCUGUGAUCGUGGUGAUUGCGAAGCUGUUUCCGGAGGUACUGCAAUGA